AUGACAACCGCCACGCUUACUCAGGAGAACAAGCCUCUCCUUCGCGACGGCCUUGCACUCCCUUCCUCGACCAAGGCAGUGUCCCGGUCGCCACGUCGCCCGCCGCCCAGGGCCCUCGAGGGUAUCCCCAUUGACCAGCUGCCUGCGGACGUGCCUCUGGGCAGGACUCGAAGCCGUUCGCGGGGCCUUGCCUCGCCGGCCAUCGCCGCUGCUACCCAGGAUCGUCCAUCCGUGACCCCCAGGCCGGUGAAGCGUAAGCGUGCCACCGAUGGCCAGGCGAGUGAUAAGGUACCGGCCCCGCCGAAGCGGGCCAAGACCAAGCCCAAGAGCACCAAAAGGACAACGUCGCGUACGGCUACUCCUCCUCUGGAAGACCCCAAGCCACUCAAGAAGCGGACCUUCUUCACCCGAACCGCUCCUGCGCUUAGGGCCGUCAACACCUCGCCUCCUCCCCCGGCGCGCAGCCACAAAGUGUUCCUCCUGUCCGAAUGUCCUACCCACCGCACCGACUGUCAAUGCUCCACCUGUGUACCCCCGGUGGUUCGGACGCGCACCACACGCUCUCUUAGCCCUGCCAGCGACACCCGCCCGGAAGACAGGGUGGAGCUCGGUCGUCCAAACCUGCAUGAUGGCUCGCCGUCGCACGCCGAUGAAGGUGCCGACAAGUCCCCGGAGAUUGCUUUCGGCAGCACCAACCCCUCGACCCCGCGGCGUCUGUCCGUGGCGUCAGCGUCCGCGCCGUCUCCUCCCUCUGCGUCCACUCGACCCCGCAGUGUCAGGCGAGGACUGGCGCCGUCUCCCCCUCCGACCUACAUCUCCUUUGACAUGAAGGACUUUUCUAGUGACUCCAGCAUCGAGAAGAGUGCUGAUGUCGAGAAGAGUGCUGAUGUCGAGAAGAGUGCUGAUGCCGAGAACAACGGCAGCGACGACGACGACGACGACGCCGCCUCCGCCUCCUCGUCCCCCUGUCCCACACCCACUGCCACCAACCCGGACAAGACCGUCGACCCACGCACACCGCGCACAUGUGCACCGUCCUCCUCCCCACUCUCGCCCUUCUCCCGCGACUGGAACGCCCUCCUUUGCCAGUGA